UUCGACCAUUUGGGAUCUGGAGAUCAGGUCACGCACAACACAUGGUGGACCUAGGAGACUCCUCGUGCUAUUUUGGAUGGGCAAAAUGGAAAAGAGUAGUUGGAGACGGGCAGAUCUUGGCCAUCCGCACAGAUGCAAGACUGGCAACUAGGCCGAGGGUGGGAAGUAGUCAGGCUUGAGCUAGUUGAAGGAAAGAGAGGAAGGUGACGGUUGUUCGGCACGCAGAACGGAGGAUUUACAAAGCGUCCGAGCCAAAUUCUUGGAGUCCAUGGAUCGACCAGACACCUUGCGUAUGUCGAGUACACCGAGCUUAGAUCUUUAUGACUGACUUGAUACAUCUAUACAACGUCCCACGCGCUAUUCCCACACGAAGCCCUCUUCGAUGAUGGUUGUGGCUUGUCUAAGCCCUCAAGGUAAGGGUCGGCAGGGAUGGACCGAAUAGGGUCCAUGGGGGGCCAAUGUCUUGGGACAGUUGGUGUGCCCAUCAAGGUUGCAGGUAUCCAAGGAGGAAGGAAUCAGAAACAUGCAGUGUCUUGGGACGGGCUUGGGUUGAGGGCUUGGGGCGCCGAGUUACGUACAUAGUCCCGGCCAUCAUGCCCGAUUUACCCUUCGCCAAUCAGAUCCUUGAGGGCUCUGUUUCGAUAGUAGACUGCUGCGUGUCUGGGCGCGAUGAACCAGAUUGGUCUUUGCAGGGAGGAUGGUUUGAGGCAAGGGAUGAUAGUCUUAUUUCCAGCUCCAGCACAACGGAUAUGAUACAUUUUUUUGGUCCGGCAAACUAUUGCGUGCGUGCAGAGCACGAAGACAUUACUUGUUUGGGAAAUGGGAGUCCAAGCGAGGAUGCAUUGUCAGGUCUUGUCAGGGGCAAUAAGGAUGGGUUCGGAGUAAGAGCAAAUGGACCAUGUGGAGAUAGACAAUACACGUGGGUUCCAUUGCGAGUCUGUUCCUGGAUUUCACCAUGUGCUAAGACCCUUGGUGCUUGCGAGAGCCAACGAUCUUCGCUGUCACUUGACGUGAAGAAGCAAGAUCCAUUGUGGGGAGAGGAAGGUACCUUAAGAGAUGGGGUGAAGAUGGCUAGUAUGGACCAUUGUUUCGGAAUGAGUGGUAACAAGAAAUGGGCGAGGACCACGAAGCCUGAGAAUCGGUUGAGCUCACGCAGAGAGAACUCCAGAAAGAAUGCUAGGAUCCUUGCUUAGCAAGCUUCAUGAUCCUUUCGACGCACGUGUUUCGCCUGCCCUUGUAGUUCUCGUUCUCCUC